CAUUAGUCGUGCUCAGAGCCUCUAAACGUUAAGGAUUAAGGUGGGAAAGACUAGAAAUAUUUUGAAGUUAAAAAAAUUGUUUUAAAUUAUUGAAAAAAUUAAAAGAAAUAAAAAUUAAAAUUAUUUAUAUAAAAUAACAAAAUAUUUAUUAAUUUAUUAAAAAAGUGUUAAAAAAAUAUUUCCAUAAAAAAAACAUAAAACUAAAAUAAACUUGAAAAAAAUAACAGUAAAUUGCUGAUUACUUUUGUUGCAAAAAAAAUCAAAGGAAAGCAUUAGGUGGCUAGUCUAAACAAAUCGAAAAGUAUAUAAAAAAUAAAAUAAAAAAAUUUUUGGUCAUGCGUAAGAAAUAUAGAAAAUAAAAGAAGAAAUACAAAAAAAAACACCAAAAAAAUACACAUUUAAACCUUUAAAAAAAGAAAGAAAGAAAUAUAAAAAGAAGCAAAAAAAAAGAAAGAAAAAAGGCAAAACCUCCUUAACAACUGGAGUGGGAGCUUAGAAAAGGGAGAUUUUUUCAGAUCUCCUCUUUUGGUAAUUUUUAUACCCCACCUCAUACAACCCCUAGCCCUUAUCCUUAAAACCCCUCUCAACACACACACACACAUACUAUAUCUGCCAAUAUGCAGAAUUGGGACAGCAUGCAAACCACCGCUAAUUAUGUGGAACACAAUAACUGGUAUAACAAUAUGUUUGCCGCCAAUAUCAAAACAGAACCGGGCACUUUAAGUCCAACACCACAGAACCACCAACAGCAACAACAUUCUCCAGCUCCUUCAUCCGCCUCCUCAAGCACACAUUUGGAAAAUUAUUUAAAACAACAGCAGCAAUUCUCUGCCAUGGAUACCAAUAUGACUUCCUCACCGCACAACACCAAUAGCCAUCAUCUUUUGGCCAGCAGCAAUAACAGUGAACAGCAAUUUUUCGAUACAGCUGGCAUGCAUCAGCAAUUGAUGCAGCAACAACAGUAUCAGCAACAUUUCCAACAGGCCCAACAGGCGGCCGCACAAAAUCAGGUCACUUCACAUUUGCCUUUGGGUUUUAAUCCUCUAACACCACCCGGUCUACCACAAGCUGUUUUACCCGCCAUGUCUCACUUCUAUACACAGUCGACACAACAACAGCGCCAGCAACAGCAAACACCCAGUCCCCAGCCCUUGACAGCUGCUCUGCUAGAUAAUUCCGAAAAAUCAGCCUUGACUCCUCGCCAUACACCACCCAUGGAUAUUACACCACCCAAAUCGCCUAAGGCCUCCAAUUCACUCAAUCUAACUGAACAUCAACAGGAUCAAGAGUUAAUGUCGAAUUCCAGUGAGGAUCUCAAAUAUAUAGUCGAUUCGGAUGAUGAUGAAACCAUACGCCUACCCAUCUACAAUUCACAUGGUAAAAUGAAGAAUUACAAGUGCAAAUCCUGCGGCAUGGUUGCCAUCACCAAAUUGGCCUUCUGGGAACAUGCCAAGACUCACAUGAAACCCGAAAAAGUUUUACAGUGUCCCAAAUGUCCCUUUGUCACCGAACUGAAACAUCAUUUGGAAUAUCAUAUACGCAAACACAAGAACUUGAAACCUUUCCAGUGCGAUAAGUGCUCCUAUUCGUGUGUCAAUAAGUCCAUGUUGAAUUCUCAUCGCAAGUCUCAUUCCUCGGUCUAUCAAUACAGAUGUGCUGACUGUGAUUAUGCCACCAAAUAUUGUCAUUCAUUCAAAUUGCAUUUACGCAAAUAUGAUCAUAAACCCGGCAUGGUUUUGGAUGAAGAGGGCAUUCCCAAUCCCUCGGUAGUCAUUGAUGUCUACGGCACCAGACGUGGCCCCAAGAAUAAGGGUUCAUCCGGCUCUAAUAUGAAAAAAUCCAAUACUGAAUUGAAAAUGCCCUCGACUUCUCAAUUGUCUGCUGCUCUGCAAGGUUUCCCACUCAACUCGCAAAAUAAUAUGCCUGCCUCUCCAGCUAAAAGCAGCAGUUCUGUGGCCUCAGAAUUACCAGCCUUGACACUCAACAUGUCUUUGCAGCAACAGCAGCAAGCACAACCGGUUGCCAACUCACAAAUCUCACCUUCGCAACAAUCUCAAGCCUCCAGUCAGAAUGGCAAUCUACCCAAUUUGUUGCCUCCCUUGGCUUCUUUGCUGCAGCAAAACCGCAACAUGGCCUUCUUCCCCUACUGGAACUUGAACUUGCAAAUGUUGGCUGCCCAACAACAGGCCGCCGUCUUGGCUCAACUAUCGCCACGCAUGCGUGAACAAUUACAAAAGCAACAACAGGAACAAAACAACGAACAACAACAGCCCGUGCAGGAAAUCGAAGAUUUGGAAGGUGAUGACGACGAGGAGGAGGAAGAGGAUCAAGAAUUCGAUGGUAAAUCAGUAGACUCAGCCAUGGAUUUGUCGCAGGGUACCCCAACCAAGGAGGAUCAGCAGCCACAACAAACUCCCGAAUUCGCUAUGAAUUUGAAAUUAGCCGAAGAUAAUGUAGAAACUCCACUAUUCUCUUCUUCAGCGGCGGCCAGACGUAAGGGACGUGUGCUCAAACUUGAUCAUGAACAAUUGAAAUCACAACAAUUGCAUUCAGCACCUACUUCACCACAAGCAGUUAGUGCUCCUGAAAUGCCCAAUGCCUCAUCGCCCAUAGCUGCCUCAGCACCACCCACCAAAAUCGAUGAUCAUUCUUCGGCUGAUGAAAGUAUGGAAACUGGUCAUAAUAACCAUAACAAUCCCUCUAACACUAGUUCCACCUCUACCGCCUCCUCAUCCGGCAACAGCUCGAAUUCCUCCUCUACUGCCUCCAGCAGUGCAUCAACUACAGCCAACUCAAGUCCCUCGACCACGCCCACCAUGUACGAGUGCAAAUAUUGUGAUAUCUUCUUUAAGGACGCUGUACUCUAUACCAUUCACAUGGGCUAUCACAGUUGUGAUGAUGUGUUCAAGUGUAAUAUGUGCGGAGAAAAGUGUGAUGGUCCCGUGGGGCUCUUUGUGCACAUGGCUCGCAAUGCUCAUUCGUAAGAAUUGCACUAAAAACCUUAACAAUUUUUUUUUUUUUGUAAAUUUUUUGUUAUUUCUUUAUUUUCGUUGCUUUGAAUUGUACAUAGAAACACAAAAAACCCAGAAACCCCCCCUAUUUUAGUAGCUUAGGUUUGGUAUUAAACCUUUAACGAGAUAAAAAGGUUUAAUGCCCCCUAAUGCGAACUGUUGUCAAGAAUUGUAAAUAUGAAAAAUUUAGUUUUUUAAGUCAUAUUUUAAUUUUAUUUUGAUAAUUUUUAUUUUACACUUAAGCAAAUGUUCCUUUUUAUGAUUACUACCCUAAUAUUAUGAUUAUUAUAAUUUAGUAUUUUUUUCCUACAGUCAAACAAACAAACAAACGAACAAAAUAAUUUGUUUAUGUCAACUAUAUAUAGUAUAUAGUAUUCUUAUAUAUAUAAUUGUCUCAACUAAACUAAAUGUAUAUGUAUUGUAAUUUUAAUGUAAGCAAAACAAACAAACCAACCAACCAACAAACCCCAUUUAAA